ACUGGCAGGGUGGACGCGCAGGCGGGUGUUUAGUUUUGUGCUUUGGUUUUGGGAACGCGAGACAUCAGCUGGCGCGGGGGCGCGCCGGGUGUGGUGUAGGCGGCGGAGCGCGCGCACGAGCAGGAUCCCGAGCCCCGGAGACAGAGGCCGCGCCGGCUGCAGCCAAUCCGUCUGUCGUCGCAGCUCCGGGCCCCAUCACUUCCACCGGUCAUGAUUGAGCGACCGGAGACGGCCGUCUGCGGCCUGCCGUAUGCCCGUUCCUUGGAAGGAUAUGUGGGAUUCGCAAACCUCCCAAACCAGGUGUACAGGAAGUCAGUGAAACGAGGUUUUGAGUUCACGCUGAUGGUUGUGGGUGAAUCAGGCCUUGGCAAAUCAACAUUAAUCAAUUCACUCUUCCUGUCAGACCUGUACUCCAAGGAAUAUCCUGGUCCGUCACUUAGGAUCAAGAAAACUGUACAGGUUGAACACGCAAAGGUUCAAAUUAAAGAAGGAGGAGUACAGCUUACACUGACUAUUGUCGAUACCCCAGGAUUUGGAGAUGCGGUGGACAACAGUAAUUGUUGGCAGCCAGUUGUAAAUUAUAUCGACAGCAGAUUUGAGGAAUUCCUGAACUCUGAGUCACGAGUGAACCGGCGACAGAUAGCAGAUACGCGAGUGCACUGCUGCCUGUACUUUAUUGCACCCUCAGGACACGGGCUGAAGCCUCUGGAUAUUGAAUUUAUGAAGCGUUUACAUGAGAAAGUGAACAUCAUUCCACUUAUUGCUAAAGCGGACACCCUCACAACUGAGGAGUGCUACCAGUUCAAGAAACAGAUUAUGAAGGAAAUCAAAGAACAGAAGAUUAAGAUUUAUGAAUUCCCAAAUACAGAAGAUGAAGAUGAUAAUAAAUUGGUGAAGAAAUUUAAGGAUUGUGUACCCCUGGCAGUUGUUGGAAGCAACCUUGUCUUUGAGGUCAGUGGGAAAAAGGUCAGAGGUCGGCAGUAUCCAUGGGGAGUGGCGGAAGUUGAAAAUGGAGACCAUUGUGAUUUCUCCAUUUUGCGCAACAUGCUGAUCAGGACACAUAUGCAGGAUCUGAAGGAGAUUACCAACAAUAUCCACUACGAAAACUAUCGAAGUCGAAAGCUGGCAGCUGUGACGGGCAAUGGAGUUGACGCCAGUAAGACGAAAGGCCGCCUCACCAGGAGCCCUCUCGCUGAGAUGGAGGAAGAGCGUCGAGAGCAUGUGGCGAAGAUGAAGAAAAUGGAGACUGAGAUGGAACAAGUGUUUGAGAUGAAGGUCAAGGAGAAGAAACAGAAAUUGAAGGACUCUGAGAAUGAACUGCAGCGCCGACAUGAACAGAUGAAGAAAAACCUGGAGGCUCAAUACAAGGAGUUGGAGGAGAAGAGGAAGCAGUUUGAGGAAGAGAAAGUAGCAUGGGAGGCAGAGCAACGCUUGUUGGAACAGCAGAAACUGGAUGCUUCAAAAACAAUGGAAAAGAACAAGAAGAAAGGGAAGAUCUUCUGAAGAGGUUUAUUAUUAGUGCAAAUGUUUUAAGGCUCAUUCCUUUGGCCAUACUGCAACGGAGAGACAUUGCUUAAAUCUGAUCAGACAAUUACUUAGCUCCCUGCAAGCCCAGGGCUAGUGAAAAAAACAGUAAAUUCUUCAUAUGUUCCUGGCACUGAGCUCCUUUACAGUGGGCCUCUUGUCUUGUCUUAAUAUCCCAUGAAUCACAAGCUGUGUGGUAAUGAUGACAUUUGGUACCUGCUGCUCAUGCUGCAUGCUCCUCACACUUUCCCCCCCAUGUGAGAGUAAAACUCAGCUCCACAUUCUGUCUGCUUGGUGUGUGAUUGCCACCUAGUGGCAGAUUCUUCAUAUGCUGCCACACACUCAUCCAACACAAGGAUCACAGUGUGGCCCCAUCCAGUUUGGCCAUCGUAUCCUCCUCUAGUAUUAAUUUCUUGAGCAAGUUGUGCAAUUCCAGUGCUGGUAAUUGUGGUUUGCAAAAGGUCAGCAGUCUCAUUGGUUCACACUGGGCCAUAGAAACAGAUCACUGAAGUGCUGAUUUUAAUCAUUCAACGCAAAACAAAAUGAACAAUUUUUGUUUCAUAAUUGAAGUGAGGUUAUGUUUAAUGAGUGGUUCGAAUAUAGUGAGUCUCGUGCGAUAACAAUCAUUAUAAAUGGGCAGGACAGAAACAUAUUGAUUCUCUAUUUGUAUUGGUAUUUCACCAGCUCAAAUGCCCCAUGGAUUCAUGAUUGGUUGGUCAUGAAUGGGCCACCUGGUUGCCAGUCAUGUGCAAUGAUUCACUGUAUUUGGAGUAACUGGUUUUCUGAAUGGGGGCAAGAGCUUCUGUGUGGGGAGACAUCUUGUCCUCCAGUCAAGUAAACCGAUGCAGUGGCAGACUGCCCUUCAUUUCAGUUCAUACAAUGACGCAGCGGUAGAAUUACUGUCUUAGAGUCAGAGACCUGGGUUUGAUCCUGACCAAGGGUGCUGCCUGUACACAGUUUGUACAUUCUUCCUGGGACUGUGGUUUUCGCAGUGUGUUCUGGUUUCCUCCCACAUUCCAAAGUAGUGCAGGUUUGUAGGUUAAUUGGCUUCUGUAAAUUGCCCCUAGUAUGUUGAAUGCAAAACUGGGAUAUCAUAGAACUUGUGUGAAUGGGUCAGCAUGGAUUUGGUGGGACGAAGGACCUGUUUCUACACACUAUCUCUAAACUUAACAGCUGCAGAGUCCAUGGUGACACUUCACAUAAUUUCACAUCCAGCCCAGGAGGGGAGUCAGAAGAAAAUUGUAUGUUUUAUCCAGUCUGGUGGCUACAUUUCUUGAAUCGACUGACUGGUGGAACGUGUCGUGUAAGUAAUGUAGAAAAGUGCUGGGGGAUCUCGACAGGUCAGCAGCAUCUGUGGAGGAAAUGGACAACCAACGUUUUAGGUUGGGUCCCUGCAUCAGAGUCUGAAGAGCCAAAACAUUGUCCAUUCCCUUCCUGAAUGCUGCCUGACCUGCAAAGUCCUUCCAGCAUUUUGUGUUUUGUUCAAGAUUCCAACAUCUGCAGUUUCUUGAGUCUCAAAUAUGGUAUAGGUUUGCUGUGCUACUCUGUUACUUGUAAAUCCCGGGCAACCCCAUUUGUUCAUAUGCUUCCUGUGGCAGCGUCCGUUGAGAAGCUGCAUUGUUCCCUUCUUCCCACAGGUGCUUGUGUCUCCUGCUUAUUUUCUUUGCUAGUUUUGCAUGGGGAAACAAGCAAAGUGCUUUUAGAUCACUGCAGAUACAUUUGUAAAAUUGGUGUUGUAAGACAUUACUCUGCUUCAGCUCCAGGGUGGAUCCCAAACCAUGAAUGACACAACAGCCAGAAGGUUGGUAUUGUAUUUCUCCCCAGCUGAUCCAUCUUCUUUGCAUAUGAAAGAUCAGACGUUUCAGCCUUGUGUCCAAACCUCUCACUGCUUUGUGGCCACUUCUUUCUUCUGUACUGAUGACUCUGUACUAGGUCGUGUACCCACAUUCUCCAUCGUCUUCCUCCUAUUUUUUUUUUGUCUAAUCUUACCCCUUCGCUCUUUCUCAAUACUGGGUGUCUCCCUGUCACUGUCAAGGCCUUUGAGUGCUGGGAUGGGAUUUUUAACCCUUCUGCUUUUUCACAUGUGCUCUGCAUUGGGGCGUCUUUGCUUUUCUAUGUUGGGAGGGGUCCCUUCCUCUCAGCCUCCCCCAUCCUAUAUUCUCUACUUGCUGUCCUGUCACCCAGUGUCCUCACCAAAUCCCUCUCGUGGAAAUGGCUUUCUUUAUCUGCACUGUGGUGUCUCAAUGUUAGCUCUGAGUGGUGAGCACUCCCUUAUUGCCUUGCCCUACCCUAUGUUGUAUCAGUGGCCCUGUGCAUUUUCUGCCAAUAAUUUGGUUCGCUGUGAUAAACUUCCAUCAGCCAUGGUGUAAGAGGAGGAGGAGCAACGACACUUCAGGGAGAGGAACUUGGAGCUGUCUCAUUGAAUUGAAAUGUUAUCCUUGGUGGUUUUUUUUAAAGAAAUAAGCUUUACUUGUUGUUUUAUAAUCUUCACUGCCACUUAGUAUACAUAUUGAAAUAAACAGAUAAUCUCUCCAGUUCAAGCAU